UUGAUCAGUCUCGUAAAAGUCCUGGUAAAAGUAAAAACGAGGCGCUGUCACAGAUGUUAUUAUGUAGCUUACAAUACUCAUUUCUAGUCCGUGAAAAAUUGUGUCUUACCUUGUUGUAAGGCGCUUUCAGCGCACAAUAGUAGCAGACGUUGUAUAGGUGCUUACAUCUCGGAAAAUUCUCAUCGAACGCAAAUAAUCACCAGAGCGACAAACCAUGCGAUUGCAAUAAAACAAUCGAUUGCUCUAUGUGUUCUCUCACUGUCAAUUUUGGGAAAACACUCCUGUUUUUGCUCAUUAUGGAUUUUUUAUUUAGUUUUUUUGUAUUGUCAGCCUCUUGGAUCUCACAUGUCUACGCCCUUCCGGCGCAUCCAUCCGGCCGUGCUUUUCCUAGUCGUGAUAAGCCUGUCAUAAAUUCACGCCAGUUUGGGGGAAACUUAAAUCGGCCACCAUCACCCGGUGCCAAUAAAGAUGAUGUUCUGUUAACCGCUGCCGGUAUUCAUGGAUUAUUAGGUGAUAAAUUUCCGGUCCAAGAUGAUCCCGAUAUGAGCGGGAAAUUUCCCGGCAUUAAUUCUGCACCUCUAACAGUUGGCGAUAUGGUUAAUAACAAAGUGCAAUUCAAUCAGAAUGUGCAAUCCCUGCCCCUGACCGGUGGGAUCUGUAUUCCGGUUAACCAUACCGAAAUCAACGGAAAAUGUGCCAAUGUUUUUGAUGUGGUCAUCAAUCGGAAAUGUGCAGAUGCACGGACAGAAAGGUCAAAUAAUUGUCAGAAUAAUGAAGUGUGUUGCUUCAAAUUGUCGACCAAAGAUGUUGUCGAGUCGUCCUUUGAUCAAAUACCAUGCGGUCUAAGAAGAACGCCCGAAUUAGCACAACGAGAACUGCAGCGUAUCGCUGAUGAAGAAAACUUCGACCAAGUACCGAUGCGCAUACUGGGUGGAUUAGAAGCGUUCCAGAAUGAAAUCUGUUGGCAGGCAGCCAUUCUAGUCGAUGGAAAAUAUGUCUGUGGUGGAGUGGUGAUCAAUUCCCGAAAUGUCAUGACGGCUGGACAUUGCUUGAAUGACGUGGAGGAAAUGAAACAAAUCUCAGUCGUAACGGGCUCGAAAAACAUUCACGCUCAAGGCAAAUGCGCAGAAACCUUUGCGGCUGCGGAUGUGAAUUUCCAUGACAGCUAUGAUCCCAGGAGUUUAGUCAACGAUAUGGCCGUGAUAAAACUGGACAGACCCAUUACUAACACCAACUGUACUUGCCGAAUUUGCAUGCCGGAAGGUAGCUUAGAUACGGAAGCGUCCGGCAAAUUAUCCUGCUUGGUCAGCGGCUAUGGAACAACAGAACCUGGAAAAACACCGGCAGACAUUGGUCCUCUCAACAUCGCGAAUGUCAAUGUCAUCGUUGAGUUGCCGGAUAAUCGCCAGUGUACCGACAGACUCCAUCUCUCUUCCGCUAUUCCCAAAAACUUUCUCCUGGAUCAGUCAAUGAUCUGCGCCAUUGGCGACAAUCCAGCCAAACCUUCCGAUACCUGUGAUCUGGACGGCGGCUCGCCCUUGGUCUGCCGGAUGAAUCCCGAUGUGCCAGACGUCUACACGCUCGUUGGCCUAUCAUCCUGGGGGUUGCCCUGCGGCCGGAAUAUUGUCAAAGAUGCAACCAACCGUGAUGUCCUAGUGCCGACGGUAUACUCCCACGUGAGACCGGCUAUCAACUGGAUUAAUUCCAUAUCGAAAGUCUGAUGCGUCAACAACCUGCGCAUGUUUUUACGGGAUUUAUUUGUUUUUCUAUUUUUUUAACUGGUGAGAAUUUUCUAAUAAUAUGCUGUAAAAAAAUAAAAAAACAUUCGACAUGGGAAACUUGUCAACAAAAACGCUAAUCGAA